AUGGGCUCCGAGUGGGUUGACCAACGGCCAGAGAUGACCGGGCCACGAUCCGGCCCGGUGGUGGCCAGCACCAAUAAGCUGCUUGUGGGUCUCGAAAACGGGCUGUCCCGGUUGAAGGACAAGCUGAUCGGGGAAUCUUCUCGACUGAAUGUGGUGGCCGUGGUCGGGAUGGCUGGCAUCGGCAAGACCACGCUCGUCGACCGGGCUUUCCAAGACCUGUCGAUCGGGAGGUUCUUCCACUACCUAGCCUGGGCCGAGGUGGGCCCGGACCGCGACCCGCGGGAAGUCAUUGCGGAGCUCCUGGGGCCCACGGCCUCGAAGUUCAGCCAGGAGACCAGCUACAGCCAGCUGACCGAGUUCAUGAAGGCUUCUCUGCCUACCGCCGCAAGCAUCGGCCGCCGGCUUUGCAUCCGGAAGAACAUCCUUCUUUCAAUCAAGGACAUCAAUCGUGCCAUGUUGUCAGUCUCGAAAGCCCGCUCUUUUCUCUGCAGUGGUCAGGACCAUCCGUAUCCAUUAGUUGUUUGCUCGGAUUUCGGUUUGCUCAGGGUACUGGACGUGCUCUCCAUACGCUUCUACGAGUUCCCGAUGGAAAUACUAAAACUAGUCCAGUUACGAUACCUUGCGCUCACGUGCAGCGAAAUCCCAGCUUCAUUGUCCGAGCUAGCAAACCUCCAUGUCCUGAUUUUACGUCGCCAUAUAAGGAUCAAAUCCUCUGGAGCCGGCCCGUCGUAUUUGCCAAUCGAGAUAUGGAACAUGAGACGCUUGAGGCAUCUCGUGGUAGAAGGCCGCGACCUUCCACAUCCACAUGGCAUGGUGCUCACGAACCUCUUGACUCUUUCGAAUGUGACGAGCCAUAGUUGUGCUGAGGACGUGCUGAGAGGAAUUCCGAACCUGAAGAAAUUAGGAGUUUGCAUUGAGGUGUCGGAGCACGAUCACGCUUCUGAUCCCUCGCGCGUUUUCGACCAUCUGGCGCUUCUCGACCGGCUGGAGUCUUUCAAAUGCGCGGUCGUGAAUCCAAGCCGCCGCUCGAUGGCAGUCGCGCGGCCCGACUCUGUCUCAAACUUCCCAGGCGCAUUAAAAAAACUGGCGCUGACCGGAUGCCGAUUCCCGUGGGAAGACAUGAUGAUAAUCGGCAAGCUGCCGAGACUCCAAGUGCUUAAAUUGGGAUGCUACGCCUUUGAAGGGCCCGUUUGGGAUGUUGGCGAGAAUGAGUUUAGGGAUCUAAGGUUCCUGCAGCUGGAGGACUUAGACUUGGAGGAUUGGUCGGGUGGUGGCCUGAUUCUGAAGAGGCUCGAGCGCCUGAUCGUUAGGCACUGCUACAGGCUGAGGGAGAUUCCUGAGGGCGUUGACUACAUCAUAUAUUUGCAGCUGGUGGAGGUAGUCGACUGCAGCCCGUCGUUCGUGGAGUCGGCCAUGAGGGUGAAGGAGAUGCAGCAAGACUUGUCGAAUGAUGACUUUCAAGUUUUGGUCGAGUCGUCUUGGAAGGAGAAGAGCAGCAGGCCACGUUAUUCCUCUUUCCAGGCUUGA